GCGCAGCUGGGGAGGCAGCUAGUCCAAAGCGUAGUUGGACUAUUUAACCAACUAGGAACAUGUUCCGGCUUUUCAGCCACACUAAGCAGCUGUGCUGCUUGCAGGUGAAACGAACACUGCAGAAACCAUUUCGGCCCCUUUCUUUUCCAGCAGUGGUGAAGCAGAACAGUUUCUCCACAGAUUCUGUACAACCAUCCCAGACCAUCUCCCCAUGGCCUAAGGAUGUGGGUAUCCUUGCUCUGGAGGUAUAUUUCCCAUUCCAAUAUGUAGAGCAGACCGAGCUAGAGAAAUAUGAUGAGGUAGAAUCAGGGAAAUACACCAUAGGCCUAGGCCAGAAGCAGAUGGGUUUCUGUGCUGCACAUGAAGACAUCAAUUCCUUGUGCCUGACUGUGGUACAGCAUCUGGUAGAGCGAAACAAUCUCUCCUGGGAUUCUAUUGGCCGUCUGGAAGUUGGAACAGAAACCAUUAUUGACAAAUCCAAGGCUGUCAAGACUGUUCUGAUGCAGCUGUUUCAGGAUUCAGGGAACACAGACAUUGAGGGCAUUGACACAACCAAUGCUUGCUAUGGAGGAACAGCUUCUCUAUUCAACUCCGCUGAUUGGGUGGAAUCCAGCUCCUGGGAUGGACGCCAUGCCUUGGUGGUUUGUGGUGAUAUUGCUGUGUAUGCCACUGGGAAUGCACGACCAACAGGUGGAGCUGGAGCUGUAGCUAUGCUGGUUGGGCCGAAUGCUCCUCUGACUUUAGAGAGAGGUCUCCGAGGAACCCACAUGGAGCAUGUCUAUGACUUCUAUAAGCCAGACUUGGCUUCAGAGUAUCCUAUGGUAGAUGGACAGCUUUCCAUUCAGUGCUAUUUCCGGGCUCUUGAUCGGUGCUAUGCCACAUAUCGAAGGAAAAUUGAAAGCCAGUGGCAGAAAGCUGGGAUAAACAAACUCUGUACCCUUGAAGAUUUCCAGUUCAUGAUCUUCCACACACCCUUCUGUAAGCUGGUGCAGAAGUCCUUGGCACGGAUCCUGUUGAACGACUUCCUUGCAUCCCCCAAACCAGACACAGACAGUGGAAUCUACAAAGGGCUCAAGGAUUUCAGCAAUGUGAAGUUGGAGGAAGCCUAUUCCAGUAAGGAGGUGGACAAAGCUUUCCAAAAGGCCAGCCAGGAACUGUUCAAGCAGAAAACGCAGCCCUCUCUCUUCCUUUCUGCCCACAAUGGCAACAUGUACACCCCAUCCGUGUAUGGCUGCCUGGCAUCUCUCUUGGCCCAGUAUUCUGCCAAGCAGCUGGCUGGAUCCAGAAUUGGGGUUUUCUCCUAUGGCUCAGGGUUGGCGGCCAGCAUGUUCUCCCUGAAAGCGUCCCAGAACUCUGCUCUAGGCUCACCUCUGGAGAAACUGGUAUCCAGUCUUUCAGAUCUAAAGACUCGCUUAGACUCCCGGAAAUGUGUUUCCCCUGAAAAGUUUACUGAGAUCAUGAAACUCAGGGAGGAUACUCAUAAUUCGGUUGGUCACACGCCCCAUGGAUCCAAGGAUGACCUGUUCCCAGGAACUUGGUAUUUGGAGCAAGUGGAUGAAAAAAACCGCAGGAAAUAUGCACGAAAGGCAGUUUAGGAGUAUAGAGUUGUCAUUAAUAAGGUUUUUCCUGAAUCUCUCAUCCUCAUGGACAGAACCAAAGUAAUGGCUUAACAAGAGGAAAGAAGGGUAAUCCAAGCUUUUGAAGAUGGCUGCUGGAUUUCCAUUGUAUAACCUCAUUGCUUAUUCAUGCUUGCUAUCAGGACUCUAAUUUAGCCCUGUAUUUGUAUCCUUAGGUUACUGUAUAUGAAGGGCAGAUUUCCAAUUAUUAUAUUUUGUGAUUGCUGAGUUGUCACUGUCACCUGCAAUUUCUCUUAAUAUCUGCUUCAAUUAUAUUCUUUGUUAGUUUUUUUUCCAUGGGAUGGGGAGGAAUGAUGGUACAUGUAUUAUGACAUCAUGAUGCAUUUGUUGCGUCUUACAUAUUUGCAUCAGACUGUUGGCCAUAAGUAUGUAAUGACAGCAUUGGCUUGGUCAUAUCAUUGCAUAUGCAUCAUUUUGGCAUCACUACAAUUUGUCGUGGAUACCUCUGGGCUUAUGAAAGGUUUGAAGGGAGUAUUUUUGUUAGGGAUGAAAAUAGAGGUAACAUGAUAUACUUUUGUAUGCUGAAGUGAUAUCCUGUAAUUAAAAAAACUGCUUUCAUUACUUUGAUUACCUGCAACCUGGGUUUAAUGCAGGUAACUUUUCAGUGUACCAAUUUGAUAUCAGGCUCCAUGCCUUAACUUUUAUAGUUUUAUUCUUUUAAAUUUGUGAAACACUGGAAAACUAGCAUGCUGUAAAGAAAAGCAUCAACCUCAAACUACCAUAUUUAUGAGCAGCUCUCUACACACAUACACUAACUCUGUUGAUCAACCCAGAGUUCUCACUUGAGGUACAAAUGACCAGGUUCAAAUUACCCUACUUUGGACACAUUAUGCGAAGACCUAGCUGUCUG